GCCAGCUCCUCUCGACAGCUCCAGCUUUGCAAGACCUGCAGCAGCCUGCGCACCCGUCCGACAGUGUUCUCAAAGCCCAGCCAUCGCCGCACUCGCACAAAUCCUCAGUCAGGGACCGAGCACACUUCGUCACCUUCACCACCACCACCAAUCGCGACUGCUACCGCCGCCAUUCGUGCAUAUCCUGCUCCAACGCUCUCCAUCACCCAUGGCUCCCUCCACAUUUGCAUCUGCUGCUGCCGGCAGCAAUUCAAACGCCAACACGACGCGUGCCGACACGGGCGGCGAAUGGUCUCGGCGCGCAAACGGCGCAACUCAAACUUUCCGUCGCCCUUCCCAUGCCGCCAGCCUCUCCAACGCCGCCGCCGCCACCACCAGCGCAUCGAGCCCCGGUGUCUAUGUGCCUCCGCACCGGAACGGUGCCAUCGCUUCCGAGACUCGAUACCCCAGAGACCAGCUUCUCUCGCUUUUCCGGCAGCACACCGAAGACUCGGAUGAUGGGCUGGCGGAUCUGUAUGCGGGUAGCUGGGAGCCGAACUCUAUGAACGGUGCCUCGGGGACUUCGUGGGGCAGGAGUCACGAUCAUGCUAAAGAAAAUCAACCAGGCGCGGAGGUUUGCUGGGAGCGGGAGGGGCACAUGCAGCCGGUCGGUCUGGUGGACCUAACUAAUGAGGAGAAAGAGCAUUUUUUGUCCGUCAACUCCCCGUUGAAAAUACCCAACCCAACGGCAAACAAGGACAAUAAUGCGAAGGACGGCAUUACAGCGCGCAAGACUUCCGUGUCUCAUUCUAAUGGUCCGGGCACUUUUGGCGUAUCAUCUCCAACCACAAACCGCCCGGGCACACGCCGCCGCGACACUGGAGAGGCUUAUCCUUUUCCGGCUACAGGCUCCCCCGCGUCCUCUAGAUUUACCCAGGAAUCUAACGCUGCUGUUCCCCCACCGGCUCUUCUCCGCCGGCGCACCGAUUACAAGGAGCCAACUGCUAGUCCUGGACCUGGUCAAGAAGAACGCGACAAGGAUAAGGCUGAGCCGUCGGCAAACCCGUUUGGAAGCCUGAAGCGUAGCGCGACAGGCCCAUUUAGUGCUGGCAUCUCCGGACCGUCUUCCCCGUGGAGUGCUGGCCCACAAAGUGCUGGUUUUUCUCCGAUGGGCAGCUUUGGUAGUUUUGCGAUUGGCGGGACUCCUGGACAAGCUUCUACCCCCACGGAGAAGAAGCCAGGACUUCCAGGCUUGAGAGGUGAAAGCCGCUUCAAGGGUUUGAUGAGUAAAGAAAGUUCGGAAGACAUGCAGAGAACCUUGAGGGAAAAAGCUUCUUUGAACAGCCUUGGAAGGGUCAACGAGACUGAACAGGGCAGACAAACUCCCUCGUGGAUGGAAGCACGCGCCAACCGGCCCAUGAGUAAUGACACGGAUCCGUAUCUGGACGAUGAUAACAUGCGCGCCGGCAGCGCCGCUCUUGGUGGUGGCCAGGACAGCAGUCCCCCUCGCCGCCAGAUGACAGGAUUUGGAACGCCCAACAGACAAGACUCUCGGGAUGAAUCCGGUUUCUCUGCGUUUGGAAUGACUACGGACAACACCGGCCUCGGAAACUUCCUCCGUGAUCCCUACGGGCACCAUACCCCUCAGCAUCAUGGUAACGAGCCUAUGAGUCCCACCGACACCAACCCGUAUCAGAGCCCCGAGCAUGAGAAACCGGAGCCUGAUGAUCUUGACACGGAUGGCUCCGAUAUCCACAAUGCCCACCUGCCGGGACUGGGUGGGUUCAUGAGCGAAGCCACAGGAGCUUCUGGGAUGCCCGCCUUCGGAGGUCUUGGAGGCUUGAGUCGGGUCUCCAAUGCGUAUGAGGGGGCUGCUAGUGACCGCAGCCAGACCUCCAGCGUUGGUGCGAACAGAGGCUUCCCUAGUCUUGGUGGACUCGCAGGUCUUCCUGGCCUUGGAGGACCAUCUGCCUGGGCCUCGAACCAGCCGGCUGUUGGAACUCCCGGUCGCGAGCGCUUCGGUGCCCCCUUCCAGGAAGGUGGUUUCGGAUCCGUGGGAGAGAUGCAGUCACCCAGCCUUGCCGGUCUGGGCAGUAGUAACAUCUUCGGUGGCGGUAUUGGACCUGGCCUGAGCGGUACCGGCUCGAUCGGCCGGGGCAGCAAGUUGGGCUCUCUCUUCCCUGCUGCUAUGCAGGAGCAGAUGCGUGCUAGUGAACAGAACAGAUUCGCAAGCGAAGAUGGAUCCGUUGAAGGCUCCGACCGCCAGCAUGGGACUUUUGGCAGAAAUGCUUUUGGAGGCGCUGGUCCGCAGCGUGACACUGGCAGCCCAUUCCGUGCCGGUCGCGGCGUUUUCGACGACCUUUUAGCCAACAAUCAGCAAACCGGUUUCAUGGAAGGCCUUGGCCCAUUUGGCGCUGCGAGCUCCAGUGCUCUUCAGACGCCCACUCUGGCGGCCUCUCACCAGCAAAACCCUCUCGGUCAGCGCAAUAUACCGCAAGGCAUACCGGGCCAAGGUCAGCCCGUUAGCAGCUCUGCUUCUAACCAACCACCUGCAGCACAACAGAGGACGAUGGUCAUGCCUGAUCGUAUGAGAUGGAUUUACCGCGAUCCUCAGGGUAACACCCAGGGCCCAUGGUCCGGACUUGAGAUGCACGACUGGUACAAGGCGGGAUUCUUCUCGCCUGAACUUCUGGUUAAGAAGUUCGAAGACCCAGAAUACGAGCCCCUGGCUCAGCUCAUUCGCCGCAUUGGUAACUCCCGUGAGCCCUUCUUGGUGCCUCAAAUCGGCAUCCCUCAUGGUCCCCCUAGCACACAGCCUGGGAAUGCAUGGGCCGGCGCAGGAAUUCCUGCUGGCGUCCCUUCGUCUGGUGGUGCUCAGCCGCCGUUUGCAAGCAGCUUCCCUAGCUUUGGUACUACCUUGACUGCUGAGCAACAAAAUGCGCUGGAGCGACGCAAACAAGAAGAGCAAUACCUGAUGGCCCGCCAGAAGGAGCAUCUGGCUCAACAGCAGGUGCUCGUCAAGCAGAUGCAGAUGGGUGCGAUCCACCCACAGCAGCUCCAUCACCAUUCGAGCGCCCACAGCUUGCACAGUCAACCAAGCUUUGGCAGCAUUACUUCUCCGGGUGGCUACCAGCCAUCUCCCGCGCAAGGCGCGAUACCUGGUGGUCAAGCGGGUUUCUUUGACAAUUCCUUUCGGUCCGGCCCGGCAUCGGCUGGCCUACCGCCGAUCGGUGCCGGGAUGGAGAUGCUAGGCAAUAUCAGGGAAGAGGAAAUGCCGGGUAUGCUCGAGCGUCUGAACCUUGGCCGCGGUGCCCAGAUGCCCUUCGGCGCUGCCCCAGGAGCUUUCGGCGCUCAACAUCAGGAUUCGCACGCCCAGCAAGUGGCAGCUAUGCUGAAUGAUCGUGCUCGUCUCCACCGCGAACAGGUUGAGCACGAUGCUCGUGCGGCCCAGAACGAGUCCCAGGCCAACCAGGACUCUGCCAACAGACUGCAGCAGUUUAACGACCUUCGUUCUCCGCAAGAGAGCGAGGAUGCUGGCGCUCAAGCUUCUACCGAAGGUGGUGACGCCAAGCCGACCUCCCAACAGGAGGAACACCAGCAGACCUUUGAGGAAGAAAAGCAUGAGGAGGUUUCCGCUGAAUCGGAGGCGGGUGCGCCUGUUCCUCAGCCCGAGACCCCUGCCACUAAACCAUCUGAGCCUCUUUCUUUGACCGAGCAGGUCAAAGCUGCCUCUGCGAAGCAAACUCCUGCCCCUCAAUCACCUUGGGCCAAGGUCGAUACCACUAUGCCGAUGCCUUUCCCUCCUCCGCAGUCGGGCUCUCCCCUUCCUGCUCCGGCCGCCCAGAGGAAGCAGAACCUUGCUGAUGCCUUGAACGCCGAAUCUCGCUCGCGCUCGCAGACUCCUUCCGUUGAGACGCCCAGUGCUUCUAUUGCCCCGUGGGCGAAGGAGACUACCGAAGCCCCCAAGGGGCCUUCGCUCAAGGAGAUCCAGGAAGCCGAGGCCAAGAAGGCUGCCGAGGCCGAGGCUGCUGCCGCUGCUGCCCGUCGCGAAGCUUUCGAGAAGGAGAUGAUCGCCCAAGCCCAGGCUUCUCAGCCUGCUCCCGGGCUACCGUCCACUUCUACCUGGGCUAGCGGGGCUUCCCCGGUGAACACGCCUUCCACCCCAUCUGCAUGGGCGAAGCCUGCCACUGUCAAAACUCCCGGCACCCCCGGAACCAAGAAGACGCUUCAGCAAAUCCAGAAGGAGGAAGAAGCUCGCAAGCAGCGCGCCGCGGCUGCUGCCGCCGCCAGUGCGGCCACCGCCAAUGCUGCCGCUCUUUCCCAAGCUAUGGCUGCUGGUAAACGCUAUGCUGAUCUCGCCAGCAAGCAAGCUGCUCCUGCGAACGCCGGCUCUGCCCCUGGUGGCGCUUGGACUACCGUUGGCGCCAGCGGCAAGGUGAAGGCCCCGGCUGUCGUCAUUCCCACUGGCCCUGCAGCCACCAGAAGUGUUAGCUCCAGUACGACUCCUGUUACCGCCAAGGCCAAGACCGUUGCUCCCGCGCGUGCCGGUACCGCUUCAACUCCUGCGCUUAAUGCUCAGGAAGAGUUCAAGAAGUGGGCCACCAACGAGCUCAGGACUGAUCUCAACAAGGGUAUCAAUGCCGAGGAAGUUUGCAGUAUUUUGCUCGCCUGCCCACUCGAGCUCGAAGUUGUCACCGAAGCCGUGCACGGUGUUUCCCAGACAAUUGACUCGCGUCACUUUGCUGAGGAGUUCAUCCGCCGCAAGAAGCUCGCCGAUAAGGGCAUCGUUGAUACGUCGGGCACUUCUAGCCCCGGCCCAAUGAACGGCUCUGGUGGCUGGAACGAGGUGGCCAAGAAGGGCGGAGCUGCUGCCCAGACUAGCACGCAGGCGCAGAAGGAGGACGUUGCAUUCAAGGUCGUUGCUGCCAAGAAGAAGGGUGGUCGGAAAUAGGUGUAGGCGUGCGAGUGAGAGCUAGGCAUGCCGAUGGAGCGGAUGUCCGCGGGGCGUUGUGGCCGUCCAGAGCAGUGUUUCUUUCUCUGCUUUUCCACUGUUUUGCCGCGGCCAUGACUUCUGUGCGAUGAGGUUUCCGCGUCGUUCGUAGCUUGCAGAAUGCGAUACUUUGAAUGAAUUGAUACCUACCU